ACUUUCAGCUCCCUAGUUUCGUCCGUGGGCUCGUUAGUUCUGGACGUGAGUUCUGCUCGUCUCGCUAUUUACCGGGUUGUACUGAAAAAUUCGAAAGCUCCACGUAUUGGACUAUGCGUUAAAUGUGUGUUACGCGGACUGUGCUUAAAAUAUUAAUAGUUCCGAUGGGGGUCGAAUUGUAACAUCAUGAACGCUUCCUAGUGUUGGGACAAUGUUUAUCGAUAAAAUGUGGUUAGUGUUGUUACUUCCCGCGCUAGCGGCGGCGCUGUCAUCGACCGAUUCCGAUUCGUGUAACCCGGAUAAGAUGACAGUGUAUAAGAUGGUGUUACACACUUAUUGGACGAGAGAGAAAUUUCCGAAACAUUAUCCGGACUGGCGACCACCUGCUCAAUGGUCACGUGUUUAUGGGGUAUCCCAUAGCCGGUCAUACGUCUUAUUCCACUUGGGCAGACGGGUAUCACCAGCCAUAAAGCAGUUUGCUGAGACUGGCAGAUUGGACAGUCUGGGAUCUAGUCCUGGUACUCUGGACGUCUUCGGCGCACCGUCUAUUGGACAGGGUGCGGGCCGGAGUGAGUCUGAGUUCUUCGUCGACGGUAAUCAUUCUCGGGUAUCAGUGAUGGCCAGAAUGAUACCGUCCCCAGAUUGGUUUAUCGGUGUGGAUAGUUUUGAUCUGUGCGUCGACGGAAAUUGGCUGGACAGCAUUACAAUUGAGGUUGACCCACUGGACGCGGGCACAGACAACGGCUUCACAUUCACAGCACCGAACUGGCCGACGGCACCGCAAGGUGUGGCCUAUCGAAUCACGUCCCGCUAUCCCUCCCAUCCCGCGGGAUCAUUCUUCUACCCGCAUUUAAGAAGACUACCGCCUAUAGCCACGUUUCAAUUUAUUAAACUGCGAGAAUACGAACUCUCUGAAGUGUUCCACCGCGAUAGUGAUGACCGUAAAUACGACGUUCUUCAAUUGGAUAAGCUAAGCCACAAUAACAUAGAUGUGUUGGACGGCAAUCGCGCUCUCUCUAUAGCUGAAGAGGUAGAGAGAAAUGAAGCACCCAGGAUCUACUCUGAAGGUUCCAUGACAACGCCAGAUGGUGCAUAUUCAUAUUAUUCAAUAAUGAACAACACGUCCUCAACUGAGGAGCCAAGAUCAGCAAAUGAGGUGCCGACAUCCGGGCCUACUGCCAGCGAGCGCUCAGCUUUACGCAGCUUAGCGAGGAGAUAUAGGGCACGCCGCCGCCGCAAGCUACGAGCUGAUAAUACAGAUCCAGCAGAGAGGAGGAAGAGAAAAAGAGCUAGGUUGCUGGAUUGUCGAGUGUCUGACUGGGGUCAGUGGAGUCCGUGCCGUAGUGACGGCGGCUGCGUCGGCUCGGCCCUACGUACCAGAAGAAUAAUAAGACGACAACGACCCGGUGGGAAUCCUUGCCCGCCAACAACGCAAUCCAGGUGGUGCGCAACCAACUGCACGGCGGCACACCCGCAGGAAGACUGGCGAAAUAACCUUACGUAAUUCCACACUGUUCCAUUUUUAAAUUUAUAUUUCAAUCCUUUUUGUUCCUUUUUGUCAGUGGCCAGUUCUGUUUGCUUACUUUCUACCUGGGUUAGCAUCUGUACUGUCCGUCCAAAGAUAAUUUUAUUUGUAUUCCAAAUUUGAAUUUGUUUUCCGGUGUGGAGUCGUGGAGUGUAAAAAUAUUAAAAUCACUGUAUAAUAAAUAUAAUAAGAGAUGACUGUCGAUGUUCUGUGUAGACUUUGUCGCUGUAUCUAUGAGAGCUUUUUUCUGUUACUUUCGUUUCAUAUGUUAAUAAAUAGGUUAAGUUGACAUAAUCAUAUUUAUUAUGUAAGAAAUCCUCAUGUUACCCACCACAGUCUUUCAUAAUUAUUUUUUCAUGAAAUUUAAACUCUAUAUUGAUAAAUUGUACUAUUUAUAUGGACUACUUAGAUACUGUUUCGCUUGGUACAAAUUACAAUUACCUAUAAUCGUAAAAUUAUAUAGCAAGUCUGUUUCCCUUAAGGCGCCCUGCACUAGAUUUUAUACCUAAUAGUAUUUAUUACAAGCAGAUGCGUUACUUUCAAUUACCUAUCCUAGACAUUAGAUGUUAAGUGUUGCUAUAUGAAAGAAAAAGAACCUCGUUUGCCUUUUCAUAAUUAGAAAUAGCUAGGAUCAGCGACGUCAAUAUUCCGCAAAUGGUUAGUCAAUUAGUAUUUUGAUAGUUGUCUUAUAAUAAAAUACAUAUCGCUUAUCUCCUUUGUGACAGUAUUUCAAUAAAAUUGUAGGUAUAUGUGGGGAUUUACUGGCAAAUGUCAGAAUAAUUUGCAGCUUUUCGGUGAAAUAUGUCAAGUAUUGCAUAGUAAAUAUCCACAUUUGCAUUUUUAUUUUCAGAAAUAAUCCGUCAAACUAAAUGUACAAUGAGUUAAACGGUUGGUUGAAUUGUAUGAUAUGCUUAUAUGACAGCGUAGUUAGGUGAACUAACCGUAGUUAUUCUAUCGCGUGCGCAAUUAAUGCUAGAAGGAAACAUCACGAGAUUACAUGCAUGUCUUACUUGGAACAAAAAAUGUUAUCAAUGUAACAGAUGCAGAUAUCUGAUACCUAUAAAUCUUUGUACCUUGAUUAAAUAGUGCAAGAAUAAUGAAAUGUGAAAAGAUUUCAAUGUAAUUUGAACAUAAAUUAGGAACAAGGAACAAAAAUUGGCAAAUGCAAACAUAUUCAUUUUUACAUCAAAAAACUAAAUAAUAAACUGUGAAGUUAGGCGAAAGUAAACCGAAUACAAUGAAUAAUAAGCAGAACUUUUGAGUACUUUGUUAGUUUAACCCCUACAUUAGCGUAAAAUACUCCAAAGAUGCAGCUUUUAUUUUUAAUACAUUUAAAUGUUAAGUAGAUAAGUUUAUAUCUAGAGUAAGUUACAAAUUACAAAGCCUUCUGUGAAAUAUAUUUAGAUUCUGAAAAGUGGUUGCAGUUUAAAUAGAAAAUGUUACAUAGGCCUUUUGUCAAAUAAAUCAAUAAUUGAACUCAUAUAAUCCGAUCUUUAUAUUAUUGUUUAUAUGUGAACGUAGCAACUAGUUCAAACACUUUGUUUGUUCCAAAUGCAGCCUACUUCACUAUGGUCAGCAGUUCUAGUGUUUAUAUUUCAAAAAUACUAUAUUUAUGCCAAAGAAAAUUAGGACGUAGAUCAUCAUCAGGUAUAAAAUUGAUUUAGCAUUUAUUUAACUGAUCGAAUGUUUUACAAGUAUCAAAAAUUGUCUAGAGCCAAAAAUUGUUAAAAUAGAGUAAUGUUUACUGAGUAUGUGUAUUUUUUACAAUGUAAAUUAUUCUCAUUUCGAUAAUAAAAUAUCAUAAAUG